CAGAUACAAAGUAACUCGCGUAGAAGAGCGUUCGGACGGGAAUUUGUUUUAGUUUAUUAUUACUGAUGAAGAAUUAGUGUACAUAAGUUGAAAAAAUACUAUUAUAUAAGUGUGAAAACAUUGAAUUUUGUUAAAUUUGUACGAAUCGUUCAAGUUUUGUAAGUUGAUAGUAGUGUUUCAUUGCAAUAUUGAACAUAACCUAACUUAUUGACAACAACAAGGAUACAUUUCAAGUUUCGAAACAUUGUGAUAGUGUCUUUCGUGAAAGUAUCAAUAAAGUGAAUAUUUUUGAUAAAAUAGUGCAUUCCGGAAGAAUAUAUGCGCAUUCUGAAGAAACUUGUGACUUUCUUAACAGUUAUUUCUCGACCUACUUUUAAUAACAGAUUAAGCAACCUGAAACUAAGUAAAUAAUUUGAAGUAUUUUUCAUAUUUAUAUAUCUUUAAUGAUGAUUUCAAAGACUAUUGAUUAUAGUUAAAAAAUGAGGUAACUGUCAGUGGUGAUUUGGUAUUUGAACAUUUUUUUUUUUGAAAAUGCGUUCCCACAAGAAAACUAAAGAAAGUGGUUUCUUCGAAGGCGAUUCGUCUGAUACGGACGGUAUAAUAAACAUGGGAAAAGCGUUGAAAAGGACUAAAGUGUGUACUACCUCCAGUGAAUCUAAAAGGAAACCUGAAUAUACUCAAGAAGAACUGGAUACCCACAUUAGAAAAAGUGAGCCAAACGUUAACCUUUCUGGUAUUGGAAGGGUUGAUAUGGCCCACUUUGAUUUGCUCAAAGUUCUAGGUACUGGAGCUUAUGGUAAAGUGUUCCUAGUUAGAAAACGCGGCGGUUUUGACGACGGUCGUCUGUACGCGAUGAAAGUACUGAAAAAAGCAACGAUAGUUCAAAAGAAAAAAACGACUGAACAUACAAAAACUGAAAGACAAGUCCUCGAGGCCGUCCGUGACAAUCCCUUCCUAGUUACCUUACAUUAUGCCUUCCAAACGGAUGCUAAGUUACACCUCAUAUUAGAUUACGUAGCCGGAGGAGAACUAUUUACUCAUUUGUACCAAAGAGAACACUUCACAGAAGAUGAAGUGCGCAUUUAUAUAGGAGAAAUUAUUUUGGCUUUAGAACAUUUACAUUCGUUGGGUAUUAUCUACAGAGAUAUCAAAUUAGAAAACAUUUUAGUAGACGAGACAGGUCAUAUCGUUCUCACGGACUUCGGUUUAAGUAAAGAGCUACCCAGAGAAGAAGCCGAUAAGAGAGCCUACUCGUUUUGUGGUACCAUUGAGUAUAUGGCUCCAGAAGUGGUCAAAGCUGGAACUCAGGGACAUGAUAUAGCUGUAGAUUGGUGGUCUGUUGGUGUAUUAACCUACGAACUUCUAACUGGAGCAUCCCCAUUUACAGUAGAAGGAGAAAAAAAUACUCAACAAGAAAUUUCCAAAAGAAUUUUGAAGUCUGUGCCUCCAAUUCCAGAUUAUUUAGGAGCAGAAGUAGCCGAUUUUAUUACUAAAUUACUAGUAAAGGAUCCGAGAAAACGUUUAGGAGGUGGUGAAGAAGACGCCAAAGAACUGAAACGGCAUCCGUUUUUCAAAAACUUAGACUGGGACAAGUUAGCUAAAAAGGAAAUUCCAGCUCCAUUCAAACCUGUGAUAAGGAACGAAUUAGACGUCUCCAAUUUUAGUGAAGAAUUCACGCAAUUACCUCCAACUGAUUCGCCCGCUGUAGUUCCACCAAAUUUCGAUAAGAUUUUCAAAGGAUAUUCCUAUGUAGCUCCAUCUGUACUUUUUAGUAAGAAUGUUAUAUCAGACGAUCUGAAUAAACCUAACAAACAACACGAGAAUAUUAAAGAUUUUAGAUUGAAGGACAGUCCAUUUUUCAAUACUUACGAUAUUGAUUUUAAAGAAGAAAUUUUGGGAGAUGGAACGUUCUCUAUUUGCAGGAGGUGUAUUCAUAAAACAACUGGUAAAGAGUAUGCCGUGAAGAUAGUUAGUAGAGCUAGGGAUUGUACACAAGAAAUAAAUUUAUUGAGAGCUUGUCAAGGCAACCCAAACAUUGUAUCUCUAUUUGAUGUCAAACAGGAUGAAAGUCAUACUUAUCUUGUUAUGGAGUACUUAAAAGGAGGCGAGUUAUUCGAUAGGAUAAGAAAAAAGUCUAAAUUUACGGAGAGCGAAGCUUCUCUAAUAAUGAGAAAGUUAGUAUCGGCUGUGAGCUUCAUGCAUUCUUGUGGAGUUGUCCAUAGAGAUCUUAAACCAGAAAAUUUGGUAUUUACCACAGAUGAUGAUGAUGCCGAAAUAAAGAUUAUAGAUUUUGGAUUCGCUAGAUUGAAGCAGGAACAGGAGUCUUUACAUACACCUUGUUUUACAUUACAGUACGCAGCUCCGGAAGUACUUAAAGGAGAUGUAAAUGGCUAUGAUGAAAAUUGUGAUUUAUGGAGCUUAGGAGUUAUUCUAUAUACUAUGCUUUGUGGGAAAGCACCAUUUCAUGCCAAAUCGAGAGAUGAAAAAGUAUCAUCAAUAAUGACUAGAAUAAAGGAGGGCGAUUUUAAUUUUGAUUCUCCAAAUUGGCAGGGUGUGAGUAAAGAAGCUAAAGUAGUAGUUGAAGGCCUUCUAACUGUAGAACCAUCACAAAGACUGAGAAUGAUAGAUCUCCAACACAACACUUGGAUUCAAGGCAGCCAAAAUUUCUCUCAAACGCCUUUAAUGACACCAGACGUACUCGGAUCGACAGCUGAAAGGACGCUCCAAACCACAUUUAACGCUUUUCAUCAAGCAGAGCGUGAAGGUUUCCGGCUACAGGAUGUCCUCAAUGCUAAAUUAGCUCAAAGAAGAAGAUUGAAGAAGAGCUCAUCAGAUAACAACAGCUCUAAUUCAUCAUUUACUAGUGAGAGCUCACUCAAAAGCGGACCUGUGACACCAGCGCGCUCUAAUCUCUCACUUGAACUUAUAAAGACUGAAGAAAUUAGUGAACAAGCACCACCGGAACCAAAUAGUGUUCCCAAUAUAGUAAAUUCAACUAGUUCUGAAUCGAGAAUUUCGGAUGCUAUUCGUGAAUCAACCACCUCUAGCGGAAUUGUAAUGUCCGAUAAAAACUCCGUUGAUAGUAAGACGGAAAAGAAGAAAAGAGAGAAAAAAGUGUAUAUUCAAUCCAGGCAGAGUGAGCGAAUAAGAAGAAUUCGAUUGGAAAUUGACGGAGAACCACCUAUGGAAUUUAUUUGUUUACCAAACAGGACUAGAAAGAGGAAGAUCGUAGAUGUGGAUGAUGCCGAACAUCCAGAUACCCCUCAAUCGAAAAUUAGAAAGAAAGUUACUACUACAAACAAAAAGAAGAAACGGUAGACACUCGCUUUUCUUUUAAUUUCUAGUUAUUUUUAGUUGCAAGUCAUUUGUAGUUGUUAAAUUGAGGUGUAGAUAUAUUCAACCCCCUCUCCCAAAUUGUUGGUAAAGGUUAUCCCAAAAUGAUUAAAUUUAACUGUAUUCUUUUUAUAAGUCUUUCAAAAUUUCUCUAAUACUUUUUGAACAAGAAUUAUCAAUUUGGGAUGAUCUAUAAUCUAUACUCAGUAUUUUGAGCUUAAUGUAAGUUUACACUCAAAAAAAUUGGGGAACAUACGGAAAAUGGAGGUUGGUUACCAAAAUAAAACAAAAAAAAAUGUGAUAAAAAUGGUUAAAUAUAAAUUACAAAUUUUUGUCAAAUACAUUUUUUUGGUUUUAAUGUUGAAGAAGUAGGAACGAAAAUGUUGCGAUCAAGUGAAAAAUAGGUUCUGAUGAUAAUUUGUGUAAGGCUGUGAUGAUGUAUUUUCUUUGCAGUUGUAUCAUUAUUUGUGAUUUUUUUCCAAAAAAGAAUAUUAAUAAAUAGUUUUAAUUCUCGAAUAAUAAAGGUAUAAUGAUUAUUCACAUUUUCAGAUUCUGGUUUUUCAACUUACACUUAAAAAAUAAAUAUUUUAAUACCAAAGACUUAUCUGUUUAAUCUAAUUGUUAACCAUUAUUCUAUUUCUUUGGUUUUUGAUGGACUCUUUAUUUUAUAAGAUACGAAAAAAGCUAAAUUGGUGCUGCUAUUAAAUAAAUGACAAUUUCUUUGUAUCCACUUAUAUCUUUUAAAAAUGUUUCAAAUUGAUUUUAUUUUCGAAAAAUAUAUUAAAUUUCCUGUCUUAUGUUUAAGUUUUUUUGCAAGCAAUUUUUUAUUCCUCUUAGUCAUCCUUCAACAAUUAAAUAAGAAGAAACUAUUCAUCUAUUGUCUGAGAACAUAUUUGUUGCUUGGAAUAGCAUAAAGCAACUCUAUUUUUGAUGAAAUUACAUGAAUAACAAAUAUAUUUGCCAAUAUUUUUAAACUAAAGUAAAAUAAAAAUCCGAUUUAACCUAUUUUUUUUACAAAUAUUUGAAUGAACUGCUAAGAAAAUCUGUGAACCUUGUAUAAUACAUUUUUUGCAACAUUUGGUGUAAAAAAAUUCAUUUUCAUUUCAUCAAACAAACUUGUUAAGUGCACUUCUUUAUUAGAAUGAAUGUUAUUAGUUUUUUAUUCGGGGUGCAUCAAAAGUGAGAAAAGCAAAUUAAAUGAAGGUAUUUCAGAAAUAGGGAGUCUUUUGUUAUUAAUUUACCUUCUAUUUUUCAUUGGUUGUGUGGAAAAUAUUUAUAGAAUAAAGGGAGGCUGUUGAAUAAAAUUAUCACUUAUAUUUAGCUGGAAUAUUUCAUUCCCACCUAUGACAAUCGCCAAGUAUUACUCUAAUUCAAAAAUAUUAAAAUCAAAAUUUCACCUGUUUAAAAUUAAAAUUUCAAUCUCCGUUUCUGGGCAUAAUUUAAACAUAACAUAAUAAAAGUUCUGGAUAAUGAUUAGUAUAUAUUAUUAUCAUACAAGUUGAAGAAUAUUGUAUUGACAUAAUCACUUUUUAUUUAUUACUGUCCUUCUUUUUUAUGUACCAAUUAUUUUUCUAUUUAUCGACGUUUGCUAAAUUUUUUCAGAAUUUAAUUAUUCCAUUUGAUGACAAGAAUUUUUUCUUAAAACUUUGGAAUCAAUUCAAAUUAUUGUAAUGAAUAUUGAUAGAAAAUAAAAAUAAAAACUUUCUGGCUUCUUGAUGCAACCUGUAUAAGGAAAGAGAUACCAAAAACUUGUAUAUAUUAUUAUUAAAAAUAUAAAUGCAUAUAAUAAAUAAUAGAGAAUUUUUGUAAAUUGUUUAUUUGUCGUUUAAUUAUAACUGUAUGAAAAUUUUUGUACAGAUUAAUUAAAAAACCGUGGCGAACGUAUUAAUGUUAAAGAAUUAUAACUUGUUACUUUUUUAAUGUUUGGGAAGGUUGCAAUAUCGCAAAAAAUCCUAAAAAAUGUAUUAGAAAAUAAGGUGACUCACUAAUAUUUCGAAUUGUUACAAGAAGGAUGAAUUAAUAUCUUAGAGGAAGGUUCAAUUUGAAUUUUGAUCACUAAAUGUGAUUGAGGUAUACACUUGAUAAUCUUCAUACAAACAGUUCAAAUAUAUUGAAUAUUAAGUGCAUUCAGUAAUUAUUCGAGUGAGGAAUUUAGUUAUUAUAAUUAUUAUUAUUAUUAUUAUUAUUAUUAUUAUUAUUAUUAUUAUUUCUAUUAUUAUCAUCAGAUAGUGAAACUAGGAUCACAGGUUAAACAUCGAUUGAAAAAGUUUCGAAAAAUAAUUAUAUACGAGUAGUAUUGGAAAAUAUUUUACCGAACAUAGAAAUAUCAAUGUAAAAUUUUUAACCAACUUAAUUCAAUCAACUAUCAUUAGAAUGUAUUAUAUAUAAUAAACUUAGCUGUUCCACUGGAUCCCCCCUUCAGUUUUUUGGGUACCCUAAUUUUAUCACAAUUAUUUAUUAUCAAAACAAGAUCGGGGAAGCAUAAAAGACCACAAAAAAGAGAAAAAUAGUAAAUUUGACGAUUAUUUCAACCAAUUUAGGAUUUAGGAAGAUAUUAAACAAAAUUUUAAAGCAAUAAGAAGUCGACCCAAUUCACAUCUACUCUAUUACACUCUGGUAAAUUUUAGUGGAAUCCAAUUAUAAUUUAUAGUAACUUAUAUUGAAACUUGCAGUGGUUAAACAUUUAUAUUGAUAUUCCUAUGUUCCCUAUAUUUUUUCAGUACUCUACUCGAUAUACUAAAUUCACGCUUGUUAGGGUGGUGGUUGUGUGCGAGAUAUCUAUUAUUUUUGUAACAACAUGUAUAUAUAUAUAUAUAUAUAUAUAUAUAUAUAUAUAUAUAUAUAUACUCAUAUUUGAUAUACUAUAUUUUCAGUGCGUUCUGUUAUACAGGAUGUUUAGUUAGCGUGACUAAAGAUACAUACUAAAAUCAAAAUCGAAUACAACACAUAAAAACUUUAAAACUAACAUUGGCUAUUUAAGACCUUUGCACUUAGUUUCACUUUUACUUAAGCUUAUGUGUAUUGAAACUGGUAUAAUUUUAUUUUAAAAUAUGUGCAACCUACUCAUUGUUAAAAUAGUUAUUAAUUUUUUUAUUUAUUAUUUAAAAUAUUUAUUCUUCAUUAUUACCUGAUACUAUUUCUUCGAAAAGUAUUGAAUUACUUCUAUUUAUUAUCAUUUCUUUUCAAAUUUCUAGUUUGUUAAUUAUAUUUGUCCACUAAAUAUGUUUAGAAUUACAAUGCUCUUAUUACUCUUAAGCUGCGAGUUGAUUACAUCAAAUGAACUAGAAAACUAGGUUAUUACUCUAUUACUACAUUGUAUUUGAAGGUAUAUAUCAUCUUUAAAAUUAGAAUGUUUAUUUGACUACUCUCAUUGAGUGUAAAAUAUGAACGCAGUUUAAAGUAAAACACUUAUAGUCAACUCAUUCUUAUAGGUAUUUUUCAAUUCAAUUUUCAAAUAUUCAUAUUUGUUCCAACUAUAUGAGUGAGUAUAGAUUUCACUCGCGUAUUUUAGUAUCAACUUCAACUUUUUUGAUACUAAAUCAGGGCCGGAUUAAGAUUUAUAAGGCCCGGGGCUAAAAUAUUGAAGGGGCCGCCUUAAGGAAUUCGAAAACCCGGAAAAAUUCACAAAAUAAUAUCAAUACGUUAGAUUUGUGGUAUCAACACAUCAAAAAAUACAGAAUGAUUUCCAAAUGAUGGGGCCCUUUUUGAACUGGGGCCCAAGCCUCUAGCUUAAUCCGGCCCUGUACAAAAUUAUUUCAACUUUUUCUCAAACUAUGAGUUUCUAUGGGGUGCUAGGGAAUGUUGGCAGAUAGAAAUUACAUUGGAAGAUGUCAACAUCAUUUGUUUUGCCUAAACUUUACUCGAAGAAAGUUCACUUAGAACAAAUUAUUUUUGUAACUAUGAUAUACAUGAUGGUCUAUAAUUAUAUCCAUUCACUCCAUGACUAAUGACAUGAAAUUAGACUAUGAUUUCAAUACAUUCUUCGAAUGCUGACACUACGUGUACCAAACAUAUAAUUUUUUUACAUUUAUAGCACUAGUAUUUGGUCUUACUGCUUUUCUUACUCGAACAACAAUAACAUCGGCCGAUAACAGAAUCUGGUGGAGCCUCAUUUGCGGUUACAGAAAUUUGGUAAAUUUUCCCCAUUCAAUCUUUAUGAUUUUUGGAAUGUAACAUCCGUUGCUGAAGAGAGAUGUUUGGGGAGGAAGGUACUGGAAGCUGUCGGGCUACAGCGUGACACAAUCGUAAAUUUUCGGAAAAAUUGUAAACUGUUGGUCUCUGAGACAACAUGUUAGCUCCAGAAGGUUAAAAUUAAAUGAUCAUAUACAUUAUCUCCAAAUUAUCAAUACUAAAGAUUCACCAAUUUCCACAAGAGAGUAGCAAUUUAAAUUUUGUCUUUGCCACUGUUUCAAUAUACAAGAGAGCUAUUACUUAACCAAUUAUUUUCCAACUGAUCAGCAUUAUAUUUAAAAUUGAGAUCCCUCUUCACCUUUCAGGUAAGCUGCUUUAAUGUAGUUAACAAAAAUGGAUAUAAUUGGAAGUAUUUCUUGGUGUCCUCUUAUUUAGCCAUUAAUUUGUGGUUUGAAUUUUUUUCCAUUGUAGGUAACUUUAUUUUAAGAUUGGGUGAUGUGUAUUUUUUGUCUUUAACUUUGUGAUACCAAUACAAUAUAAAAUCGAUAUCUUCUAAUUUUCGAAUACUUCUCCAUAUAUAUCAAUUCAGAUUCAAUUUUUUCAUAUUUUUGUAGAACUUUCUGAUACCACCAAUUAUAUUUUUUCACUUUGAAUAGGAACUGAAUCCAAACUCUCUAAACUGCUUCGAAAAAUGUUCUCUAAACUGUUUGGGAAAAUCUUCAGUGUUUUUCUGGCUGCCUAGUGACAUGUGUAUUUUCACUAACCACUUUUUAGUUAGCGUCAUUAUGAAACUCUAAAUUAUACUAAUUAACAUUAACUCCAGAUUUUAAUUUCUUCCUAUCUCUUGAUAGUUUUUUUGCAUCUAUGGAGCUUUGGCGUUUUUAAAUAAUACUGCCAUAUGUCUAUAUUCUUGUCAUUUUCAUUGUUUAGCUCUCAAUUAUUGUAUUUCAUUCUAAAUAUUUAAUUUAUUACACUACUAACCAUAUUUUUUACUUUGAAUCACAAAUUAAUGAAAUCACUUUAUAAAUUUAGAUCACUACUCUUGAAAUAUUCAUAAUUUUAUUCAAUUUUUUUAGCAAAUAUAAAACACAAGUAUUUCAUAAAAUUUGGAAGUAGUUCAAUGCUUUAAAUUUUAAUACUUUCAAUCACAAUAGUGAUGGUACAUAUUUGAUAUUUUGUUUUAACAGAUCUUUUAUAUAAAAUUAAAAAAGGCUUUCAAAAACUUGUCAUGAACAUUUGAAAAAAAUGAGUGAAAUGUUUUAUCAUAAAAACAGAAAUACAUUUAUAGUCCUAUAAAUGUUUUUUUUGAUAUCAUCCUAAAACUUUAUUCUGUCACAGUUGUCAGUAGUAAAUAGAAAAUUAUUUAUCUGGUUUUAUUUCAGUUAAUAUAUUUAUACAGAAUAAUUAUACUAUUGGCAUAUUUAACUUUUUUAUAAAUACAUAAAUAAAUUAUAAAAAAAUAUGAAAUCUAUAAUUGUUCUCUAUAUUAUGGAAUUUUUUCUAUUAUGCCAAUGAGUCAAUGAUUCUCAAUCUUUGCUAGUUUUUGUUCGCACUCAGGUACAAUGUAUCAAAAGUACACGUUGUUUAAGGGCAAGAGGAAAUUUGUCACGUUGAUGUUUUGUAAUAAUGGAAAAAUAAGUUUUUCAUUCGAAUAUUGCUGGAAUUUGAUUUUCUGAAUAAAAUAUUCUGAUAGAAGUCAAUCAACUUGAGUGGAUCAACUAUUUUCAACUGUUCAGUAAUUGAAAUAUAAUGUUGUAAAGUUAGAAAGUCGGGAGGUUGCUUAUAAUCUAGUUCUUCUUUCACUUACAAUACUUAUAUAUAGUAAAACAAAGUUUAGUAGAAAAUCCCCCACAAUCAUAGUUAAAGCUAGUUUUGCAAACUACUGCUGCAAUUUUGUUUUUUAAUUAUAAACAAGUUUUAUAUAAUUUAUAAAUUUAAUAUUUACUUUUGGAAGGUUUCUUAAAAAUUUAAAAUGAGUAUAUGUCAAUUAGGUUCCAAAACUCAGAAGUUACCAACAGGCUCUAAAAAUGAAGAUAAGAAGAAAUAAGCAGUAAAAUAAGUUGUAAUUUUUGUCUUCUUAUAGAAACAAUCUGAAAAAAACUGAUUGAUUUUGGAAAAAAUCUGCAGUGAUAACUUUCUUUUGUUACCCUAACAACACUUAUAAAAAAUUAUCAUGUUUUUAGUAUUUAAUUUUAUAUUAUUUACCAAUAUUGUUCAUUUAUAUACGAUAUUUUUUCUGUAAAUGAUAUGUAUAUAUAUAUAUAUAUAUAUAUCAAAAUGUAUUGAGAAAUUUGAUCAGAGACCAAGUGGACGACAGUGCCUUUUUAUUCUAACCUCCCACCGAGGAGGAAUUCAAGCUUGUUUAGGGCAAGAUACAUAUGAUUGUAAUAUGCC